CAUUGCGGCUCUGCCUGAGAAAUUUCACCGCCGAGUAAAACGGCUCUUUAGAUCCAAGAUGGCCGCCUCAUCGCUCCCAGUUUCCUUCAUGUAUCUCUAGUUUUAUGCAUUACGAGCACCAGAACCUCAGCUAAAGGAAAUGUGUAUAUACUUUGAAAGUGGGACCUGAAUUUUGAGCUUGAAGCCGGUUGGGACAGGAAAUGAGGUAGGAAAAGGUAGGUUGUGAGGGGAGACACUGGCUUUGACGCAUGUGGACAGCGUGGACACUGCGGUGGUGGAUGCUGAAUGGCGGCAGGUGCAGCACAGACCACAGCACAGGGAAUCAGGCCACACUACAGCUAAUGUGAAUUCGUUACUAACGCGCUGGCACGCUAAGAAGCUGCUGAAAUGAAUCGUGUACAACUCGCUGUGUUUUCAGCCACCGUGUACGUGUGUGUGUGUGUUAGUGAGUGAGUGCGUGCGCGCGCGUGCGUGUGCAAUGGGCAGCUGCGCGCUGCUUGCCAAUUAGGAAGCGAGUCAUAACGCACACGAAGGCGAAGUUAGUUAAAACGCUGCCGCACAGCCUACAGCUAGCUGUCCGUAAUGAAUAACAAGGCGAAUGUGUUCACAGCUGAUGGAGGAACCUAAAGCCGGGUAAAGCCGCAAUAUAAAACCUCCUCCUGCUGCUGCUGCUGCUGUAGAAAAUGACUGCGAAAAGCAACGCGUUUUUAAAGCAAAGGAGAAGGAGCUUCGGGGAUGAAUAACGACGAAACGGAUGAAGAAAAGCUAUUUUGGACCUUACACGUUUUAAGUCCAAGGAGGAAUAUUCGAGCUGAACGAGAAACCUCAGGCGAGUGAAGGAGCUGGAGCGAGUUUGUGUGAGCAUCAGCAGAGAAACAGGCUUCAGUCAUGUGUUGUAGUGACAGCUAUAGGUCCUAGUGUAUGGAUGUGGUCAGUCUGCCACUGCAAUGCAUGAAGGUGGGACGUGGACGUUGAGAUGAUUGAAGAAAAGGCCAUGAGGUUGAGAAGAAGCGAGAAAAGAGCAGAUCUGCUUUGGUUCCAUUAAGACAUGCGCACAUCAAGCAAUUUUCAUUUUGCUCUGCGGUGGAAAGGUUCAACUUUUGUUACCCCCCCUCCUUUACUCAUAGGAAUGGCUCAGCGAGAAAAUGUCUCCCAGCCUCUUCUCCACGCUAUGAGUCAUGAAGGCUCUGUGGCGAGGAAGCAUCUGCACCGCUGCGACAUUUGACAUUCAGCUCCAUGCUGGAGAAGGAAAGGAGACACCAGUAUGUGCUGGAGACGCAGAUGAAAGCAAGACGGUUCCACUUUCUUCGUUGUCUUCGUCUACACCGAUCAGACAUGUUGGUAAGAUGCUGAAUCUUUGAACCACAGAGAGGAAAUAGAUUAAUCUGAGCAGAUGAUUUGUUCACGUUGUUGCAUGGCGGACCCUGUGAAAGCUUGAGAAUCUGCUGACUCAGACAUUCCCAUCCAUCCCAUUCUCUCCUAUGUUCAUGUAAAUUUGAAACUUGGAUCAUCAAAUGAAUCGACCACUUUGAUACAAAUUAUUCUUCCUGUCCUUAACGGACGUCAACAGCAGAGUAAAAACAGUGUGUAUCUGUUCGAUUCCUCCCCAACAGCCAGUAUUUAGUUUGCUCUCUCUCCCCCCCCACUAGCAUCACGUGGGGGGGAGAGCUGUCAUAUUUGGGGUGAUUGUAAUCCCACAGCUCCAUCUGUGCUUCAGCAGUGAACAGCUGUUCCAAGGCACAAGGUUCCUUAAGCAUGGACACGGGCCAGGGCAGCCCGGAGAGCCCCAACCGGGCUGUGGAGUACCUGUUGGAGCUCAACAACAUUAUCGAAAGCCAGCAGAAGUUGCUGGAGACACAGCGGCGACGCAUCGAGGAGCUGGAGGUGCAGCUGGACCGCCUCAACCAGGAGAACAAGGAUCUCCGACUGGACAGGCAGCCAUGUCCACCCCCACCACUGCCGCCAUUAGGGGCCUCCAAUCAGACCCAUGGGCACUCUUCACAUGUGCAGAACUCAGCCACAGUGUACCCCAUCCAGAGCCACAACAACGUGCCAGGCCCUAAUGCCACAUCUGCCCCAGCCCCUCCUCCACCUCCUCCGCCCGUGCCUCCACGAGACCGGCGUGUUGUCAAUGCACAUACGCGCCUCAGCCGUGGCCUGUCCACUGGGUCCAACCCAACAGAAAAUGAGAGGGACAGAGAACGACACAGAGAGACCGUCAGCACCGGCACAGCCACCACUCUGCAGAGACAGCCAGACGGAAACUUCAACAAACACAGUGUGGAAGGGGAUCCUCACUGUGGGGACACAGGCAGUUUCUCAGAGAGCUCCUGCAGUCAGGGCCCAUACCUGGCCAUUUCGGACCGAUACGGGAAGGUUACAGGAGAGCCUCUGGGCUCCCAGGGGCCUCCUGUGGCCCCUCCCAGCCCAGCAAGUCUGGCCUGGGCCCAGCGCACACGCCUUCAACCUGCCAGCCUGGCUCUGCGUAAGCAGGAAGAAGAGGAGAACAAACGCUGCAAAGCACUCUCAGACAGCUAUGAGCUCUCCACAGACCUGCAGGAUAAGAAGGUGGAGAUGUUGGAGAAGAAAUAUGGUGGUUCAUUCCUGAGUAGACGAGCAGCACGCACCAUCCAGACCGCUUUCCGUCAGUACCGCAUGAAUAAGAACUUCCAGCGACUGCGUAGCUCUGCCUCAGAAAACCGCAUGACACGGCGUAUUAUCCUUUCGAAUAUGCGCAUGCAGUACUCAUUUGACGAGCGUCCGCCACAGGUGCAGCCUCAAACCCCCCAACAACAGCAGCAGCUCUACCCUCCUCGUCAUCCUGCUUCCCUGGCAAUGGCCGGCCAGCAGAGUUCAGCUGACACAGAGCAGGAGACAGAAUCACCUUCACACUGUCCUUCUGACCGGGAAGAUUACUCGCACACAGACGAUGCCUUCACCAAACAAGUGAGAACUCUGUGUGAUGUGACAUCGCUGGCUGACUCAAUGGAUAACACUCUGACGUGUCAGUCUGAGCGUGGCGACUCCCAGGAGGGUGAUGGUGGAGGUGAAAGUGAGGAUUUCAGUGAGUGUAUUUGGAGUAGCAAGGUCCCAUCUCGGCGUAUAAUACCGACAAGUGAGCGAGAGCGGACAGCAGGGACACUCGGAGGCAUGCAUGAGGACAGCACAGCCACAUCAUACAGUGAUGUAACUCUCUACAUGGAAGAUGGCGUGCCUUCAUCACCGCUUUCCAUGGAACGUGCACCCAGCAGCACUGACACCGAGUACUGGGGGCUAGGCGGCACAACAGUAGGACGAGAGGACAGUCGAGAUGCGGAGGGUGGAGGCAGCAGCAACAGCCGGCGCAGCACACCGUGCACUGAGUGCCGUGACCAUCGGCUUCGUGGUGCUCACCUCCCUGUUCUGACUAUUGAGCCACCCAGUGACAGUUCUGUGGACAUGAGUGACCGUUCUGACCGAGGCUCCCUCAGCAGGCAGCUACUGUAUGAUCAGGAACCAGCAGGAGGUGGGGGCGGAGGAGGUGGAGGUUCACCCCAGGGAACUCUCAAACAUAAUCCAGCCCAGGGCCAGACUCGCCCUAUGGGUCGCCCAAUUCCCUCACCACUUCCUACACACAUACCUCCACACCAUGCAAUCCUGCUGCACCAGCAGCACCACCCACACCUCCAUCACCCGCUGCAGCAUCAUCACCACCAUCAUCCCCUGGCUCAUCUUCACCACCCCUAUCCAGACUCCUCUGUAUCAGCUACCCAACCCCCGCUGACGCCGCUCUCUUCCACCUCAUCAGCACCACUGCCCUCUACUGGCCUGGAGCCAUCUGAUGGUGACAACGACUCUCUUAAUUCCACCACCAACUCCAAUGAGACAAUUAAUUGCAGCUCAGGCUCAUCCUCCAGGGACAGCUUGAGGGAACCUUUACCCGCACUUACUAAGCAGACCUACCAGAGAGAGAGCCGCCACAGCUGGGACUCACCCGCAUUUAACAACGAUGUGGUGCAGAGAAGGCAGUACCGCAUUGGGCUCAACCUUUUUAACAAGAAGCCAGAAAAAGGUAUCCAGUACCUGAUAGAAAGAGGGUUCAUGUCUGACACCCCAGUUGGCAUUGCACGAUUCAUCCUGGAGAGGAAAGGCUUGAGUCGUCAGAUGAUUGGGGAGUUCCUGGGUAACCGACAGAAGCAGUUCAACAAGGAUGUGCUAGAUUGUGUGCUGGAUGAAAUGGAUUUCUCUGGAAUGGAUCUGGAUGAUGCUCUCCGCAAGUUCCAGGCUCAGAUUAAGGUUCAAGGAGAAGCACAGAAAGUGGAGAGGCUGGUGGAAGCCUUCAGUCAGAGGUACUGUGUGUGUAACCCUGCGUUGGUGCGACAAUUUCAGAACCCUGACACCAUCUUUAUCCUGGCCUUUGCAAUCAUCCUUCUUAACACAGACAUGUACAGCCCUAAUGUCAAACCAGAAAGGAAGAUGAAGCUGGAUGACUUUAUUAAGAACUUAAGAGGAGUAGAUAAUGGGCAGGACAUCCCAAGGGACCUAUUAGUUGGAAUCUACCAUCGUAUUCAAAAGUGGGAGUUGAGGACCAAUGAUGAUCAUGUGUCUCAAGUACAGGCAGUGGAGAGAGUGAUUGUGGGCAAAAAACCAGUGCUCUCUCUACCCCAUCGCAGACUGGUGUGUUGCUGCCAGCUUUAUGAGGUUCCUGAUCCUAACAGGCCACAGCGGAGUGGGGUUCAUCAGAGAGAAGUCUUUCUCUUUAAUGACUUAUUGGUGGUCACAAAGAUCUUCCAGAAGAAGAAGACAUCAGUGACAUAUAGUUUCAGACAGUCUUUUCCUCUAGUGGAGAUGCAGGUUCACAUGUUCCAAAACUCCUAUUAUCCACAUGGUAUUCGGUUAACUUCAGCCAUCCCAGGAGGGGAGCGUAAGGUCCUGAUUGUCUUCACAGCACCGAGUCAGCAAGAUCGGGCACGUUUUGUCAGUGACCUGAGAGAAAGCAUUGCUGAAGUGCAAGAUAUGGAGAAAUAUCGAGUAGAGUCGGAGCUGGAGAAGCAGAAAGGCGUUAUGCGGACUGGACUCAUGAGUGGAGAUGUGAGCAAUGCGGUGGAUGGAAUAAAGACUGAGGCAGUGAAUGGCACGCUGGGUAGGCCCAGCCUCGAUGACACAUAUGCCACAGCUGAUGGGCUUAAGCGCACAGCGCUCAGCUCGUCACUCAGAGAUCUCUCAGACACAGGAAAGCGGGGUCGCAGAAACAGUGUGGGCUCUUUGGAUAGUACCAUUGAAGGAUCCAUCAUUAACAGCCCAAGGCCUCAUCAGCGUCUGCCUAUGGGGGGCGCUCUUCCCAGCUGCUAUGGGCUGGAAGACUACCGGCCUCACCGCCCCAUCCUGAGCCCCGGAAUAGGGGUGGGGGGUGGGCCGGGGCAGUUACACAACGCCGUAGGGAACGCUGGGGGAGGGGUGCUUCCCAACACUGGCGACCAAGGGUCCGGCGGCAGCUCCGGCUCCUUCCUAGGUUCUCUGUUUGGCAGCAAGCGAGCCAAACCCCCGGCCCCGCUUAUUCCCCCAGGGCCUCCCUACCCUGCUCCCGUAGCCCCGCCUACUACCGGGGGCCCGCCUCCUCCCUCACCUUCCUCCCUCAGCCAGUCCGACCUUGGCGGGCCCUCCAAAAUCCAGGCGCUGCACGCACAGUACUGCCACAACAAUAUCGGUCCGCCUCCACCUCCAUACCACCACCAUCAGCACCACCGUUACUAUGUACAGCUCUCGGCCGCUGGCCAUCCACACGUUGUGCAUCACACUCUGCAGCGCAGCUCACUUCCCCGCCGCACUUCACCCGUUCCCUUACACGCUCCUCUUCAGCAACAGCACUCCCAUCAUGCCGUGCAUCAGCAUGGACGCCACUCCAGCAUGGGCUGCACCCCUCCCCCGUUGUCUCCUCACUCACCACAUUCACCUAUCAGCCCAUUCAGCUUCUUCCACACUCAUGCCCCACCACCACAUCCCGCCAAGCUGCCACUGACUUUGUCUCACUCCCAACCUCACCCCCACUCUCACGGCCACUCCCACGUUCUCUCUCAUACCCACAGUCACAGCGGCCAUAUCCACAGUCCCCAUCCACUACUUCAUCAUUCCGCCCAUCAACCUCACUUUGUAUUCGCCCCACCUCCACAGGCCCCCUCCACCAUCACAGCACGUCACGUGCCACAGGCCCCCACACACUACCUGCCUCAGUAUCCGCCCCUGUCCUCCAUCCCUCCUCCUCCGCCGCACUCGCCUUUACCCCCUCCUACCUCCCCCCUCACCCCUCUUACACCGCUUACACCUCUCUCACCGCUGCCACAACAAAUGGUCAACCAGGGGCCCAGUGCAGGAAGCACAGGGGGCAGCGUCAGCACAAGCGGCAGCUGCAAGUCAAAGCCCAUCAGCCGCAUCAGUACAGUAGUGUGAGACGCAGCAGAGCUCGCAGGGCAAGAUUUCACCGGAGGAGGAGCCGAAGCCCACGCAAGCGGAAACACACUGUUGUCCGACUUUGCUAUUUCCACAUCCGCUUCCCACAUCUGUAGAGUGAGGGUGAUGGAGGGGAACCUAUAGCUGGGCUAAUAAAUGCAUGUGCCAUUUGCUGUCGUUUCAUGCUGGCACUCAUAACAACCAAAAUCAUUCAUCACUGCAAAUGGAGGAGGCUGAAAGAGACAAGUGUUGAAAGAAGAGCUGAUUCUGUUAUUCCUCAGAAAUGGACCGAUGGAAAGUGAGCUAGAAGUGCAGCCUUGCCAAAGGUGGAAAUUGUGAGAGGUUGCUGCCAACCUAUAAUGAGAGAAACAAAAUCCCCAAAUUUUAAGGGAUCCAACUGUCAUGCUACAGCGGAGGUUAGGAUGUGAGCUCCACUAGCUAGCCUAAGGAGAGCGCAGAACACAAAAGAAGCAUCAAGUUUCCAUGAACAACAGUAAAAAAAAAAAAAAUGCAUGGACAUUAAAGAAACUGAAGUUUCAUGGAAAUCCUGUUUGUUCCAUUUUAACAGUUCAUUUUUAUGUCAAAUGACAAUCAUUCCAGGUUGAAGCAGUUUUUUUUGUUUAUUGUUUGUUUGUUUGUUUUUAAUAGAAUUGAGUGAUACAUUCCACAUUCCCUCCUUUGGACUAAAUUGCUGUCAAUGUUGGACAACAGCUUCACAGCUUUAAAAGACUCAGCCACACACUUUGAACCAUAACACAUCCUGUUUAUUUUAAAGGUAUUUUCUAAUAAAACAUUUUGUGGAAAGAGACCAUUAUAGGAGAGAGCCAUUCAGGAGGCAGCAAUCCAGUAUUUAAUUAUGUUUAUUAUGUAUUAAAAUUUGGAGUCUAAAAGAGAAGAUAUUUGAAUAUGGAACAUCAUACGUAAAUGUAAUUGUGUUCUGAAUUUCAAAUCUGCAAAGCCUAGGCAUAGCCCACUAAUUUAAAAACCAAAAAAGUCUUAAAUACUUAAAGAUACUUUAGUUCUUUCCAUUCAGUUUUUUUUUUUUGAUGAAAUGGACUGAUGUCUACAAGUAGGUGGAGAAUUUAAUAUUUUUAUUAUAUAAUUAUUGUUAUUACUAUAUAAUAUUUCAAUUAUAUUUAUUUUUUUCAGAAUGGAGUAAUUAGUUAAUUGUGAUAUAUAAGUGUCAAAAUUACUUGAUAAGUCUGACUUGUCUGGUAAUUUCGGUUUAAUGACUUUUUUGUUCCUUUUAACAAACUUUUGAGUCAGUACUCAGACAGGCUCAUAUGACUUGCUAAAUACUUGUAUUUGGCAACUUAUUGCAUAGCCUUAGUGCCUAAUGUGAGGUUUUAGGAUCAGUUGAUCCUAAAUGUGCAGCAACUGAAGUUCCCCAAAAAAAGAAAGAAUAUAUUUACAGCGCUUGCAAGGCGAGCGCUGUAUUGUUAUUUAAUUUAAACCUUGAAGAAUUCAUUGUAUAAAUACUUAUUUUUUACUCAACGGUCAGUUGAACUGAAUUAUAAACAUUAAUAGAUGAAGACAUUCUCUCAAGCAUUGAUUGUACAGUACAAUUUACAAGAAUGAUGUGUGUUUUUCGUUAUUAAUAUUAUGAUGUCAAAUAUUACUGAUAUUAUCCUUGAUAUAUUGAUGUAACACUUACUACUAAUAUGGAUAUUGUUUCUGUGCCGGUUUGUUUUCUAUUAGCCUUUUUUCAAUCUAACACAGUGGUAUUUCUUGUGUACAAAUGGAACUUUUGAGAACUUAACUGGGCUACCUAUUUCAGGAACUUGUUUUGCUUGGGAAGAAUUCUGUAUUUUGCAACAAACCCCAUUGCCAGAAGCCAUACACUUGUACUUAAGCCAGUCCCUCGUUUAAAGAAUGUGAAUUUUCAUCAAGUAACAUAUCUUUGCCCUCUUGUUUAUAUAUGAAAGCAUGCUAAUAUGAUUGGUGCAUCUGUGCACACCCGCUAGUACAUUUCGCACUUGGUUGUCAGUGCAUCUCUUUGUAUGCUGCUUUUACAUUACUGCAGAUAGUGUUUGCUUUAGGUGCAAAACAAAAGCUUUUAGUCUGUGCGCACAAUGACUCAAGGCCUACAAAUGCAGUGCCUUGUUAGCAGAUCAUCUCCUGUCUUCAGCACCCCAAUAUAUGCGCACACACACACUCACAUCAAACCCACACAGAAUAGUACACCUCCCCAAUCGUCUCUUGACGUUCUGUCGCUAUACAUUUAUUUUCACAUAGGCCAUAUUCAGAGUUGAGUUAGUUUGAUGAGGUGUUAAUACAGAAAUUGUGCACAGCUGUAUUGAUUUUUUUGUUUUGUUUUGUUUUUUUUUUUUGUAGAAAUUGAUCAGAGUUUGCAGUUUUUUUGUUUGCUUAUUAUAUCAUUUCUUUCAUUUCUUUCUAAAGCACACAUUUUUUUUUUUUAAGAGCAUGACCUAGAUACAACUGUGGAACUUAACACUAAGCAUUAUUAAACAGGUUAUUUCAACUAAAUUGAAAAAGCUGUUGAUUUUGAUUUUGGUAACUCUGAAUAUGGCUCUAGACGGUUUUGAAAUACAUUUAACCAACGAACCCACCUUCUGAUGAUUUCUAAUGUGUUUUUUUAUGGUCUAUUAUGUAUCACUAUGUGGAAUCUAACAUUAGAUUGUCAUCUAAUCUGGUUUAUGAUAGUUUGUUAUUAUAGGGCUGUUUAGCAAAGGACAUAUGUACAGCAGGCUAGGAUGUCACAUCUAAAUGUUGAGCACAACUCUGAGCAUUGUCCCAUCACUCUUGAGCCUCCUAUGAGCUAGUUUGUAUCACUCUUGUGCUUGCAUUAAGUGUUAUGAGGCCAACAGGUUCAAAAACAAACGACAGAUGACUAACAGACUUAUUAAAGUAGUUAAUUCAGUAGUUUUGGAAAGCGUCUUUACUCCUGAUUGGAUAUGCUGAUGUCUUGCGCCAGUGUGCCAAUGUGUUGCAUGUUCUACUGCACUUAACUGAAUGACGCUGUAUAAAAACUUGAAUGUACAUAUAAGCUAUAAAUAUAAAUACUCUCUAUUUACUCUGGAAUGGGCUGUGUUAUAAUGUCUAUAACUGGCUGGGAGCAGGAAGAUGAGCUAUUGUUUACACUUUAGGGA